CGGGUGGUAGGCACUCUUCCACAUCUUAGUCUUUAUUUCACACAGCGACAGACCUGGCGGACACUGGCAGCGAAACAACGACACGAACUCCCACAAUACUUUUGGAAUUUAACCCGCUUUAUUUCAAAUUCAAUAGUUAAGAGGCAAAUAUGGCGACUGAAAUCAUGGAAAUGAACGGACAUGCCGACGAAGAGGAGCGGCGUCAAGGCCCCUGGAAUCGGAGGCAGGCAGGCCAGCCUAUAAACAUGAACCGGUAUGCUAAUAAGAAGAGCGCAGCAGAGAGCAUGCUGGACGUGGCGUUACUCAUGGCCAACGCCUCCCAGCUGAAGGCCGUCCUGGAGCAGGGUCCAGACUUCACCUUCUACACCCCCCUCAUCACCUUCAUCUCCAUAUCCCUCAUCCUGCAGAUCACCGUGGGCGUCCUGCUCAUCUUCAUUGUGAAGUGGAACCUGAACGAUGAGAGCACCCACUUCAAGCUGAACAUUAUGGAGAACAUUGCCACAGCACUCAUCUUCAUCAUCGUUGUAGUCAACGUCUUUAUUACGGCCUUUGGUGUCCAAAAGCCCAAUCAAAACUCUUAACUGCCCUCACUCCUUACCCCUGGUCAUUAGUUAUUACAGUUAUACAGGCAUUAUACUGGUGUCAUAUGCACAAUACACACAUAAUAUGCCAACGUGUACCCUUGGUUGAAACCCUCAAACAAGUGUUUGGUAAUCAGUGUCAAAUUGUCAGGUUACUUGAGUUUAAUAAAUAUAUGUAUUGUACAGACUUACAGUUAGAAUGCACAAAGGUGAAUCUUAAAGUAAAUGUUUUAUACAGUAAUGCCAUAGCUGCACGAACCAAAUCACUGCUACUUUACAAGCAAGAGCGGUUGACGGAUCCAGUAUUCCAUCAGAUUCUCUGUGACACCAAAGACAAUGGAUCGAUUCGUUAUACAGGAUUCCCACUGGCCUUUCAUACAAGCGGCCAGUCACAAUCAGGUUGACCCUACUUCAUGACGAUCCUGUCACACUUCAUAUUUCGCUAUUACUUGUGUGAACAAUACAUUGUUCAAAUGACCAACAGUGUUAAUGUGUUGCCUUUAUAAAUAUGUACAUAUCAGGGUUAUUUUAGAUCCAUUUGAUAUAUACACACACACAGCUCAGUGGUGAUUUUUAGCACGUAAAUCUUCAGACAGAUGGUUAAUUCAGCAAGAUGUUGAGGCCUUACCUUUACUCUUCUUUUAGUCACCACACAGAGACAGAGAGCCUAUCAUUUGAAGUAUUUUAUUAGGCCUAUGUGGUCUAAAAGGGAAAAAUGAUACAAUCACGAGGAUCCACUUUUAUAGACAAUAUACUGACGCAUAGACAGCGCAACGAGCAAACAAAACAACCCUCGCAAUAUCAAAUGGAAUCACAUGGGUCUUUUACUGAACUUUUUGUUGAAAACAAAUAUUUGAAUGGGAAGAGAGAGACUGUCACUGGCAAACAAAUAGCAAAAUCUACUCAUUUGAAGGGGUGUCCACAUACACUAAAGUAUCUCAUAUCUUAGAGCUGCUGUCAUGGUAACUUUGUUCUAGAAAUACUCAAGCUGUACAGACCCAGCUGCUGUGUUUUUUAGCCCAUUUCCUACAUAUUCUGUGUGUCCAUGUUGAGUCGAGUUUAUUUUUACAGGGACAGUGCACAUUAAUCAACGUUUUCAGUAAAAGUGCCGGUUUUAGCCAGCCGGCUAAUUUUCAACCACAGUCCCUGGGCAGGCUUGCCGAGUGUAUAGAAUUGCAGGAAAUGUGCUUUAAACCUGCUAAAUGUUCUCUCCGCCAACAAGAGGGGUGUGAAGAGUUUGUGAACCACUGAUCUAGCGUUGCAAAAUGUUGGUAAUUAGUGGAUUUUUACCCAAAAUUCUCAUGUUAAGUUACUUGAAUUUUACAACCGGACAUUCAGACUUUGCCUGCUGCCUUAUAUGUGAUCUCAGAUCUUUGCAACGUACAGUAUGUACCAUCACAAUUUGUGUAAAAUAUAUAUAUAUAUAAUAUUUCAUGCCAUGUUUAGACCUUAAGCUUUGCCAAUAUAUAUAUUUUUGUAUGAUUGAAGGCAUUUUCUAUUUUUUUAAAUGAAGGACCAAAUCAUAUUUUAGCCCCACUUUUAAUGCACUGUAUGCAGUAGAAAACUGUACUAUUCUGAAAUGAAGUUUGUAAAUGAUGAAAACUAACAAUUUGUCCAGAUAUUGUUUUGUAUUGUCCACGCAUAGAAAGGCUUGAAAACAGUAAAUAGUGAAAAGUCAUACAAUUAUAUAAAUCAUAAUGAUGGCACUUGUGAGAAUGAGGCAGUUAAGAGAAUGUGGGGAGAAGCCUAACUUCCACUAAAACCACUUAGCUAUGCAUUGAUGUCCAUUUGACUUAAAUGGGAGUUAGGAUUUUCUCCUCACAGAGUAGAUGGAGCUGUGACAAUAGUCUCAUAUGUCUACACACUGAAUAUAUAUCAGGUAGGCUACAUGUGUAUCUAAUAGUAUACUUUUCCCUACUAUAAAACAUAACCGUUAUAAUCUACUUCCCCCAUGAACAAUAUUUCCCUUACCAAACAAAGCACAGAUUAAGGCAAGUUAGCGAACAAUGGCUUCACACUGUGUUAGAGAGAACUUUGAAAACGCUUAAUAACAUUAGAGAAAAGUGAGAGAGAAACAGACCGAGGUGAAACACGACUGAGACCUGAAGUGUAGUACUUUGCAUUGACUUUUCAGUGGGCAUAAAAACUAAAUGAACACUUUCAAAAACAGUAACUAAGUACUAUUGUCACUCAAAAAGAGUGUAAUCAACCGCUAUAAUGUGAUAGUUCUAGUGAACAUGUUACAAUUGCUCUGAUAUGGUUGGGUCACACAUUAAUCUAGCUACAAGCAUAGUGGACCUGGAUUGAUCAAAUCGAAAGGCAUCAUGUGGUAGACAUUUAAUUCAAGACAAAACACCGGACGAACAACAUGUUGUAGCUCAGUUGGUAGAGCGUGUGGCUCAGUUGGUAGAGCAUGGCACUUGCAACGCCAGGGUUGUGGGUUUGAUUCCCACGGGGGACCAGUAUGAAAUGUAUACACUCACUACUGUAAGGGUGUCUGAUAAAAAAUAUAUAUAUCAUUCAUGUUUUCCAUUUAUAGAUCCUCCCUGAUAACAGAGAUGAUAUUACAAUUCAAAUUGCAAUAAAACGUAGUGCUUGGUUGGUUUCCUUUAGUAAGCUAAGUAAACAAAUAAACAUCCUAUUUGAUAAA